UCGCCGCGCGCGCUUUGUUCAAGCAAGAUGUCGGCGCCCAUGGAGGUAGUGGUUUCUGCCGAUUCAAGUGGCCAGUUAUGGAAUUGUGCAGUCUUCGAUCUUCAUUCAGGGACCAAUCUUUUGUCCUAUCGAGGUGGAAACAGUUCGUCUAGGUCCCUUACUGUCCUCAAUGGCGAAUACAUUCUUGGAGCACAGCUGGGAAAGAACUUCAUCAACGUAUGGGAAGUCCAGAGGAAGGACCAGCUCCAGCAGAAGAUCGUGUGCCCUGGCAUCGUGACCUGUCUCACAGCCUCACCUGACGGACUCUAUGUGCUGGCGGGGAUCGCCGACGCCAUUUACCUGUGGGAGGUUUCCACGGGCAACCUGUUGGCCAUCCUGAACCGCCACUACCAGGACCUGACCUGCCUCCGCUUCACCGAUGACAGCAGUCACUUCAUCUCUGGAGCCAAGGACAACCUGGCGCUCAUCUGGAGUCUGGUCAGUGUGGUGCAGCUGGACCCCUCUCACACUCCAGAGCCGCGUCACGUCCUGUCACGCCACUCGUUACCCAUCACCGACAUCCACUGCGGCCUCAUGGGAGCUCAGGCACGCGUCGCCACCGCCUCCCUCGACCAGACCGUGAAGUUGUGGGAGGUCUCCUCAGGUGAGAUGCUGCUCUCGGUGCUCUUUGACGUCAGCAUCAUGUCCGUCACCCUUGACCCCUGCGAGUACUUCCUGUUUUGUGGAGGCAGUGAUGGGACCAUCUAUCAAGUGUCUCUGUGCAGCCCGAGCCUGAGUCGGGAUAAGACCUUCCAGUCAGACAGCGAGGGAAACCAGGUGUUUAAAGGCCACAGGAACCUGGUGACGUGUCUCUCUGUCUCCAUGGACGGAACACUCCUGCUGUCGGGUUCCCAUGACGAGACAGUCAGACUCUGGGACGUCCAGAGCAAGCAGAGCAUCCGCACCAUCAACCAUAAAGGUCCGGUGACCAACGCCUGCAUCCAUCCUGCCGCUCCUGCCCACAUGUUUGUGUCCGAGAGCCGUCCGGCCGUGCCGCUGCCCCGCUUCAGUCGCCACCUCAACCCCACCGAGCAGCACGACUCCUCCGCCACACCCGGUGCAUGUAGUGUGUUGUUGGGGCCGGAGAACACUAAGGUGCGAGUGUCGGAGCUGGAGGAGGAGGUGAAGACGCUGAAGAAGAUCAACAAGGACCUGUACGACUUCUCCAGCCAGCUGCUCAUCAAGCCCAGCUAGAGCUGCCCGCGCAUGGCCCGGAGCUGGCCCGGAGGACAGCCGGAACCCACACCCUCAACAGGCCCAGCUAGAGCGGCCCGCACCCACACAGGCCCCUCCAGAGACACUGGACUGUGCAGCCACCAGCAAAGACUGGACAGACCAUUCUCCCCUUUAUCCAGUUAGCUCAUGUGCAUCUGUCUCCGUCUGUCUGUCUGCUGGUCCAUGUCUAGCGUGUGUGUCUGGGUUUACGUUGUGUGUGUGUGUGUGUGUGUGUGUGUGUGUGUGUGUGUGUCUGGGUUUACUGUAUGUUUUACUGCAAGUAGAAACGUAUUUGGUUCUCAUGUACGCUGUAUAGUAUGUGUGGGAGACGGGUCAUUAAAGUUUUGUGUUUGCCAUA